AUGUCUACAUCCGGCUACACCACCUCCAUCCGGAGAAGUGUAGCCCCAGCAACCUUCUCGUCCUCCACAAAACGGACUUCUUACACCUCCGGCGGCGGCUAUGGUAGUGGCAUGAGCAUUGGUGGAGGCGGCUUUAGCAGCAUGAGCACGGGUGGUGGCGGCGGCUAUGGUGGCAGCAUGAGCAUGGGUGGCGCCUAUGGUAGCAGCAUGGGCAUGGGUGGCAUGGGUGGCAUGGCACCCAUCACCGCUGUCACCGUGAACCAGACCCUCCUGGCCCCUCUGAACCUGGAAAUCGACCCAACCAUCAAUGCUGUGCGCACCCAGGAGAAAGAGCAGAUCAAGACGCUCAACAACCGAUUUGCUUCAUUCAUUGACAAGGUGCGCUUCUUGGAGCAGCAGAACAAGAUGCUGGAGACCAAGUGGAGCCUUCUCCAAGACCAGACCACCACUCGCUCCAACAUUGACUCCAUGUUUGAGGCUUACAUCUCCAACCUGCGGCGUCAGCUCGACGGCCUGGGCAAUGAGAAGGUCAAGCUGGAGGGAGAGCUCAAGAACAUGCAGGGCCUGGUGGAAGACUUCAAGAGGAAGUAUGAAGAUGAGAUCAACAAGCGUGCAUCUGUGGAAAAUGAGUUUGUACUCCUCAAGAAGGAUGUUGACGCUGCAUACAUGAACAAAAUUGAGCUUGAGGCCAAAGUUGAUGCACUUCAAGAUGAGAUCAACUUCCUCAGGGCUGUCUUUGAGGCUGAGCUGCGUGAACUCCAGGGACAGAUCAAAGACACAUCAGUCAUUGUGUCCAUGGACAACACCCGUGAGCUGGACAUGGAUUCCAUCGUGGCUGAAGUCAAAGCUCAGUAUGAAGACAUCGCCAAUAGGAGCAAGGCCGAAGCAGAGAUGUGGUACAAACAGAAGUACGAAGAGAUGCAGAGCUCUGCUGGUCAGUACGGUGAUGACCUGCGCACAACCAAAGCUGAGAUCGCUGAGUUGAACCGCAUGAUCGCUCGCCUUCAGAAUGAAAUCGAAGCAGUCAAGGGACAGAGAGCCAACCUUGAGGCCCAGAUUGCCGAGGCAGAGGAGCGUGGAGAGCUGGCAGUGAAAGAUGCCAAACUCAGAAUCAAGGAUCUGGAAGAUGCCUUGCAGAGAGCGAAGCAGGACAUGGCCCGCCAAGUCCGCGAGUACCAGGAGCUCAUGAACGUCAAACUGGCCCUGGACAUUGAAAUUGCCACCUACAGGAAGCUGCUGGAAGGAGAGGAGAGCAGAAUUUCCAGUGGAGGCCCUACUUUUUCUGUGCAUGAGCAAACUACAACUAGGGGAGUGAAUGCAUCAUCAGGAGGUGGAUUUGGAGAUCUGAGCAUGCGGCCAUUUAAAAGGGGGUGUUUGAGCUUCAAAAGUAUGAAGAGCCACGAUCAGCUUGUGGAGCAAUGCAACUUUGCACUGACUUCUAAGUUCUGA